UUUAAAUCAGCCAUCCGUUUUCUCUGCCUUUGUUUCUGAUUAACAACGUGUGCUGUUUAGCCUUGGUUGUACUAAUGCGGGAAGAUUUCCGUUCCUUUUUGAGAAUAUUGAGUGCACAAUGGGACGUGUGAUCAGGGGACAGAGAAAAGGUGCAGGCUCUGUUUUUAAAGCCCACGUCAAACACAGAAAGGGUGCUGCUAAGCUUCGGGCUAUCGACUUUGCUGAAAGAAAUGGCUACAUCAAGGGUAUUGUGAAAGACAUUAUCCAUGAUCCAGGCCGUGGUGCUCCUCUUGCCAAGGUUGCAUUCCGUGAUCCUUACAGGUUUAAAAAGAGGACAGAGUUGUUCGUUGCAGCUGAGGGAAUCCAUACCGGACAGUUUGUGUACUGUGGCAAGAAAGCUCAGCUGAACAUUGGCAAUGUACUCCCUGUUGGCACCAUGCCUGAAGGCACCAUAGUCUGUUGUGUGGAGGAGAAACCAGGUGAUCGUGGCAAACUUGCACGUGCCUCUGGUAACUAUGCCACAGUUAUCUCCCAUAAUCCUGAAACAAAGAAAACUAGAGUUAAGUUGCCCUCUGGAUCCAAGAAGGUCAUCUCAUCUGCAAACAGAGCUAUUGUUGGGGUUGUUGCUGGAGGUGGUCGUAUUGACAAACCCAUCCUGAAGGCAGGUCGUGCCUACCAUAAAUACAAGGCAAAGAGAAACUGCUGGCCACGUGUCCGUGGUGUGGCUAUGAAUCCUGUUGAACAUCCCUUCGGUGGUGGUAACCACCAACACAUUGGUAAGCCCUCAACCAUCAGGAGAGAUGCCCCAGCUGGUCGCAAAGUUGGUCUUAUUGCUGCUCGUCGUACUGGUCGUCUGCGCGGUACAAAGACUGUGCAGGAAAAGGAGAACUAAAACUUGUCUAUCUGCUAAUUACAAAAUAAAUUGUAAAAAAACAAA